AUGAUCCAUAUUGAACAGGUCGGGGAGCAGCAAUACAAGCUCUCUGCGCGAUCGAUUGAACUUCCAGUCAGAUUAUGGUGGAAGGUGAUUGAUUUUGUAGCAGACUACAUUUCACAGAGGGUAGAUGGCAGAACGCAACUGCGAGAGCUAGCGAGGGUCAGCCGGGUGUGGUACACUCAGUGCCGGGUUCGUGCCGAGGAGAGGCUGGAUGUCAUCUACAGAGACAAGAAAGACGUGUACCAGUUGAUCAGAAGACUGAACGAGCAUCCGGAACGAUACAACGCCAUCAAGCGGGUCCAUUUCAUGAACAAGAGUAUCAAUAACUUUGGGUCGUUUGCUGUCCACAUGGCAGGGAAGCUUCCUCAACUGGAGACACUCGAACUCAACUUCGCGUGGGUAUUGGGCCAGUGGGAGCCGGGGCAGCUGCAUCCGCGGGUCUUCCUGCAUAUGAGGGUCGCGUUUGAGUCGGUGACCACGCUCUGUCUCGCCUGGGUCUCUUUCCCUUCUGUGGUCGUGUUUGGACGCCUACUCUGUGCCCUUCCGCGCCUCGCCUUACUGACAUGUGGUCGUGUGGAGUUAAAGAAGCCAGGCGUUGUGUCGGGCCUAUUGCCAAGCCCUCUUCGACUUGCUACCGUCGACUUAUUCAACAGCUAUGACGUCGUCGACUUCCUAGUUCAGACCGAUGUCGGCACCUUUCUUCGCCAUGUCGGCUGUUUUAUUCUGAUAGACACAAGAGGAUCAGGAUGCCGUGCAGCACCAUGA